CAUUUGAUUAGAUAGACCAAAUGGAGAAGAGUGGCACUACUCCAAUAUGUGAAGAUAUUGAUCUAAAUCGAUUUAAAAAUACCGUUUCAACAUCUCAUGAUGAUGAUGAUCCUUCCUCCCAACUCCCUGAAAAUGUUGAAAUUUUUUCAAAAAUCAUUGAGUCCAGGAUUGCGAAAUGUAAUUCUGGUGAAACUCCGACUAGAUUGGGAAAGAUGACUGAGGAAGAAUCCUUUUUCCUUGAAGCUGUGAUGCAUUUAUCAAAAUUGACGAAUGUAAUCGCCAAAUCUCCAUCAGGAUCAACGUUGUUAAGUCGAACCAAUAUUGUGUUAAAACAAGCCAUGACUUUCAUGGAGGAAGAAUUGCGAACAUUAUUAGAAGAUUUUGGAGGUAAUUCCAAUUCAAAAGUUGAUAAAAAAUCACAAAUCGAGGAUUAUCCAUGGUAUCCUCCAGAGGUUGUGAUAAGAAUGAAUCGAAUUGCAACAACCAUGAUCUCAGCUGGAUUUGAAACAGCUUGUUGUCAAGUGUAUUCAAUUUCACGAAGAAAUGCAUUUUAUGAGCAAAUGAAAAUGCUCGAAUUCGAGAAGAUAAAUGUAGAUGAUGUGCAGAAAAUGUCUUGGGAUUCUCUAGAAGGAGAGAUCACUAGAUGGAUCAAUGUUGCGAGGAACUGCUCGAAUACUCUGUUCCUCGCAGAGAGGAGACUCGGAGAAUCAGUUUUCUCCGCGUCUCCAAUGAUCUCUCAAAGCCUUUUUAACAAUCUGGCGCGUUCCAUUGUAAUACAGAUACUUGACUUUGCUGAGGCUGUCUCAUGGACAAAACGCUCUGCCGAAAAGCUCUUCAAAUAUCUAGACAUAUACGAUACAAUUCGCGAUCUCAUUCAUGCGAUAAGUGAAUCUCUCUCAAUUAAUGACUGUGAACACGAAUUAAAGUCUGAGAUCUUAGCUACAAGAGAUAGAUUCGGCGAUGCUGUCAUAAAUAUAUUCAAUGAUCUCGAAAUCUCCAUCAAGAACGAUGCAGCCAGAACACCGGUCCCUGGUGGUGCAGUGCACCCGCUCACACGUUACGUGAUGAAUUAUCUAAAAUACGCCUGUGAGUACAAAGACGCCCUGGAACACAUUUUCAAGGAACAUACCGCCACGUCACCAUCAAAGUUGAAAUCAUCUGUUGAUGAAGCUGAGAGCGAAAGCCCACACGAAAAUGUAGUAGCAGAGACGACACCGUUAACAGUACAGCUUAUGACAAUAAUGGAGCUGUUGGAUGCAAAUCUAGAAGCCAAGUCAAACUUGUAUAGAGACACUUCGUUGCGCGACAUAUUCUUGAUGAAUAACGGUAGAUACAUCUUACAAAAAGCGAAAGGAUCUACAGAGGUCCGUCAAGUGAUGGGAGACACGUGGUGUCGAAGAAGAUCUACAACCGUGAGGCAAUACCACAAGAAUUACCAAAGAGAAACAUGGGGAAAACUGCUACAAAUACUAAAUCAUGAUGGAAUGCAAGUAAAUGGGAAGGUGACAAAGCCAAUAGUGAAAGAGAGGUUCAAGAAUUUCAGCACUAUGCUAGAUGAAAUUCAUCGUACACAGAGCACUUGGGUAGUGAGUGACGAGCAGCUUCGAUCCGAGCUCAGAGUUUCUAUAUCAGCCGUGUUAAUUCCGGCCUAUAGAUCCUUCUGUGGGAGAUUUAGGCAGUAUCUAGACAACACAAAGCAUGCAGACAAGUAUAUUAAGUAUCAGCCAGAAGAUAUUGAAACGUUAGUUGAGGGCCUCUUUGACGGAAAUCCUACAUCUAUGGCACGGAGGAAGACGUAAUAUAAGCAGACGAUA